GUUCGCGCGUUGCACGAAAGUAUGAGAACUUACGAAGAACAAAUCAAGUCAGAGACUGCGUAUGAGAAAAAAAAUUGUCUUCUGCUUCUGCAGCCUCAAGCUUGGAGAGAAAAUAGAAUUUGGUGUUGUACACAUUCUAAAACAGAUAUAAUCAUGGGGAAGAAAUCCGAAGCAGUCGUGGAGAAACGGCAGAUACCCCAGGUCUUGCGAGGCGUACUUCAGCUAGAUGCCCUACUGACAGAUAAGUUCUGUGGACUUGUGGAAAAAAUUGUCCCUUCAAAAUGGCGAGCCCAGUACAAAGCAUUGGAGAUUUCAUGUCAUGGGAUCCCAUGGAUCGCUGGAUGGCUAGCAUUUAUCUGGUUGUGGAAUAGCCCUUCCCUUUAUCAAAUGCAAGUGAACUUCUUCAUAGGCCUUCUUCUGGAUGUUUUGGUCGUAGCAGUUGUAAAAGCCAUCACAAGGAGGAGGAGACCAAAAGGAAAUAGAAGCGAUAUGUUCGCCUCAAUGAGUGUUGACAAAUUUUCAUUUCCUUCGGGGCAUGCUACAAGGGCCUGUUACAUUGCUCAUUUUUUCUCAAGUGCUUUCGUAAUUUCACCAUUACGGCUUCCACUGAUAUUGUGGUCAUCUGCUGUAUGUGUAUCUAGAAUCUUGUUACAUCGACAUCAUAUUCUGGAUGUUGUUGCUGGUGCAGCAAUAGGUGUUUUGGAGAGCAUUUUCAUUAGCUAUAUGUGGAUAAGCGAAGAAUGGUCGCUGCAGUUGUUGUCAAUGAUUACAGAUGAGAAACUUGAAGGAGGAGAAUAUCAUGUUUAAUUGGAUGGCAUAGAGUAAUGCUAAGUUAAAAUCUAAUUAAUUUAUUUUUGAAGUGAUUUUGCUCUUGUGAUAAUGAUUUUCAAAUUCAAGCUCUUGACAGAGACAGAUAUUUAUUUUUAACCAAAAUGAUGUGCUUCUAGGUAAUUUAUUUUUCAACAAGACUGUUUGCAUUUUCCUCAG